AUGGUGCCUCUCAAUUCUCAGUUGUCUGUCACAAUACCUUUCUUCGACUAUAUGAAGGCGGAGAAACUGCGUAAAGAAAAGGCUCUGUUCAUUCCUGUAUUUUGUGAUGUCAACCCUUCCGAGCUUCGCUACCCUCACAAGGGAAUUUAUGCAUUCGCUAAGCAUGAAGAAAAUGGGAGAUUCAGUAAGAAGAAGCUUCAACAGUGGAAAGAAGCUCUCCGCUCUUCUUCACUGGUCUCUGGCUACGAAUUCAGCACAUCUAAUGAUAAUGUCGAGGAGCUGCGUACAAAGGUUGCCUUGGCUGUGCAACAAAGGGUUGGAAAGAAGGGCUUCCCAAGUUAUGCGGAAGUUGCAAAACAUCAGAUUGUUCUUAAAGCAGACGCAGAAGCGUCAACGAGUAGGUCAGCAGAGGUGUACAAGAAAUCUAGCCUUCUGCCCAGAGAUUCACAUCCAGUGGGGAUAGAUUCCAAAGUUGAAGACAUGCUCAGGUUGCUACAAGAUCCACAGGUUCCAGUUAUAGCAGUCGUUGGUAUGGGUGGCUCGGGAAAGACGUUUCUUCUCCAAAAUGUCUACAAAGCCUUAAAAUCCAGGUUUGACAAUUCUAUUUGGCUCUCUAUUUCCAAAUCAUAUGCAGUCAAGAAUUUGCAACAUGAUAUAGCCUUCCGCAAAGGUUUAAAAAAGGAAAUUCUGGAUGUUGAAAUAUCUGAAGAGACAGCGGCUGAAUUAAUUCAUGACCGUCUCCAAGGGAAGAAAUCCCUUAUUGUGCUGGAUGAUCUGUGGACGUUGUCAACAGAAGAUAAUCUCUUAGAUAAACUUGGUCUUCCAGCUGAUAAAGAUUGUAAAGUGGUGGUGACCACAAGAAAUAAGGAGGUUGCUCGAAAUUCAAAAGCUCAUAUUUAUGAGAUGGAAAAUUUGUCGGAUGAAGACAGUUGGAAGCUGUUCUGCGUCUACGCAUUUCUGGGUCAUGGAGAAAACAGAGUGCCAUCGCACUUGGAAGAGGUGGGUCGUAAGAUUGUAAAGCAAUGUGGAAAUUUGCCUCUGGCUAUCAAAACGACAGCAGCAUCUCUAGCCAGCACCACAGAUCUUAGAAAAUGGGAGUCCAAGCGCCGUCAGCUUGAAAGGGCAGUUAUUCCCAUUGGGGACCAUGAUCCUGUCAUGGAUAUAUUAAAAUUGAGUUACGAUUCCUUGCCACCACAUCUUAAACCCUGUUUUGCUUAUCUUUCUUUCUUCCCUGAGGAUGAGGAGAUAGACCCUGAAUAUCUAGUAUAUCUAUGGAUAGCAGAGGGAUUCGUCCCAACAGGAGCAGGAGACGAGCAGUGGGAUACUGCAUGGGAUUGGUUAGAUCAACUUGCCCAGCUGUGUCUGCUUCAACUAUGCGAAGAUCGAAAAGGUGCUGCUGAUGAUUCUUAUGAAUGGUUAAACAAAUAUUGCAAAGUUCAUGAUCUGUUGCAUGAUUUGGCCAUAUGA